GACCCCGGCGUUCGUGUGACUCAUCCGCCGCCUGGAAGCAGCAGUGUCUGCGCCGUCUCUUCACAUCCGGACACGCUAGGGGACGCACGUUUUUCUUUCCUCGCGCCACAAGGUUGAGAUGUUCCACUUCAGGUUCUCCACAGUCCUGAAGGAGUUGUUCGAACUAGCCCCACUGAAGCGCCCGUUUCCCGCCUGUAGACAGAGGAGCUGGUCCCGGGCCCCGCCGCCGCCUCACCGCCGCUGCUUCGGUUCUGUCCCGGCUGGCGAUGCCAGGACCGGACCUCCGCGCCGCCUGGCCGCGGCCCAGCGCCGCUCCUACUGCGUGAAGACGGAGGGCGCCACCUCCGUGGAGCUGGAGGAGCAGCUGAAGAAGGAUGCCGCCGAAGGGAACGACAAGAGAAGACAUCCAGGAAUCCUCCCCAGUUUGGAGGAUUUGCUCUUCUACACGGUGGCCGAAGGUCAAGAGAAAAUUCCUGCUCAUAAGUUUCUCACAGCKCUCAAAGGUACCGGACUCCGGACCGGAGAUCCCCGCCUGAAGGAGUGCAUGGAGACCCUCAAACAGACCUUGAAGGCGACUCCAGACGGCGUAACGCUCGACAGGCACCUCUUCAAGAAGUGUGUCCAGAGCAACAUUGUCCUGCUCACUCAGGCCUUCCGAAAGAAGUUCGUCAUCCCCGACUUCCAGGCCUUCACCUCCCAUAUUGACAAGCUUUAUGAGAAAGCCAAAAAGCUCACAGGAGGACAGGUGGCGGACUACAUUCCUCAGCUGGCCAAGUUCAGCCCGGACCUGUGGGCCGUGUCUCUGUGCACGGUGGAUGGACAGAGGCACACGGUGGGCGACACCAAGGUCCCCUUCUGCCUGCAGUCCUGCGUCAAGCCCCUGAAGUACGCCGUGGCGGUCCACGACCACGGCACGGAGUACGUGCACAGCUUCAUCGGGAAGGAGCCGAGCGGCCUCCGCUUCAAUAAGCUCUUCCUGAACGAAGACGAUAAGCCUCACAACCCCAUGGUGAACGCUGGAGCCAUUGUUUGUACUUCACUGAUUAAGCAACACGCCAGCAACGCCGAGAAGUUUGACUAUGCCAUGAAUUUCCUGAAAAACAUGGCAGGAAACGAGUACGUGGGUUUCAGCAACGCCACAUUCCAGUCGGAGCGCGAGUCAGGAGACAGGAACUUCGCCAUCGGCUACUACCUGAAGGAGAAAAAGUGUUUCCCUGAAGGGACGGACAUGACGUCAGUCCUGGACCUGUACUUUCAGCUGUGCGCCAUCGAGGUGACCUGUGAGAGCGCCAGCGUCAUGGCRGCCACCCUGGCCAACGGCGGCAUCUGUCCAAUCACAGGCGAGCGUGUCCUGAGCCCUGAGGCGGUCAGGAACACGCUGAGCCUGAUGCACUCCUGUGGCAUGUACGACUUCUCCGGACAGUUCGCCUUCCACGUUGGACUUCCUGCCAAGUCGGGCGUGGCCGGAGGCAUCCUGCUGGUCGUUCCCAACGUGAUGGGCAUCAUGUGCUGGUCGCCGCCGCUCGACAAGCUGGGCAACUCGGUCCGAGGGAUCCAGUUCUGCACGGACCUGGUGGAGCUUUUUAACUUCCAUAACUACGACAACCUGAGGCACUUUGCCAAGAAACACGACCCUCGCAAAGAGGGCGGAGACCAGAGGCAGCAGCACAGCUUCGGACCCAUGGAUUACGAGAGCCUCCAACAGGAGCUGGCUCUGAAAGCCCCCCUGUGGAAAAAAGUGUCCCCCACUGAGUCCGACCAGGACAGCUCCACCACCGUAGUCUAUAGGAUGGACAAAGUCAGCAAGUGAACCCCCUCCUCUCACCUUCACCUCUGAUAUUUAUAAAAACCAUGUAGAGGGUUAUUUAUUACUUGUGAAGCAGCUACUGUGUGGAUGGGGCGGGGAAAUUGUUUUUAUUUUUGUUUUGCCUCAGUGUGUCUAAAAUUUGUAGGUCUGAAGACUGACGAGUUSCAAAAGAAUGUUUGCUAUAAAGAAAAAGCCUCGAACUCUUCAUAAAUAUUCCUUUAUUUUAAAUUAAUCGAUGAAAAAAGUUCUGAAACAUUUACAAUUUUAUGAAUUUAAGAUUUAAAGAGUUGAAAUAUGAGUUAAAAAUUGGAUUAAAAUCCUAACAAAAACCUAUUUUUUUAACUUUAGAAAAAGCAUCAAUGUAGACUAUUAUAUUUAAAAGGUACAGGCAGGUUAAUUUAUCUUCCUGUUCUCGUGAGGGUCAUUAAGGUCUUUGUAAGCCAGACUCAGAUGUUUUUUGGUCCCAAACAGGUAAACUUCACUACCUGUCCUCGUGAAGGUCAUUAGCGUCAUUGUUAGCUUAACUUAGAGAUAUUUGGUCACAGGCAGGUUAAUUUAACUUCCUGUUCUCGUGAGGGUCAUUAAGGUCUUUGUUAGCCCAGCUCACAGAGAUGUUUUGGUUACAGGCAAGUCAUUCUGGCUUCCUUUCCUUCAGGGGAUCAUUAGGAUCUUUGCUUGCUUGAUUCAGAGAUGUUUUGGUCACAGGCAGAUCARUCUCACUUCCUGUCCUCCUGAGGGUCAUUAGAGUCAGUUAGCAGCAGGUUGUCCUCCAGCGCUCAGCAUCUGUUCUGAGGGCAGCUGUUGGGUUAGCCUCAUCUGGCCUUGAUGUGUUGUUAGUUGCUUGUUUUGCUCUGGUCCAACCUCCUCAGCUGUGAGCAGGUUUGUCUUGGCUGCGAUCCAAAACCAUCUCUGCAUGUUGACUCRGAGCAUGAGGAGAUGUUUGUGUUCAAACAUGAUCGCCCUCUUCUGCACGAUGACUGACUUUUCCUUUUCUGCGUAUCAUUAAACCAUUGAUGACAUCACUCGCCUGCAGUUUUAUCAUCUCUAAACUCUUUAUAAWGCCUAUAAACGAGACUACUUGACCGUUUUACUAGAUGAGCUGCGCUGUAGAGACCACUAGUUUUCUGAUUUAGAACUGUGAUGCGUUUGAAGCGCCUGGAAAGAAUAUUUGUCGUAAAACUUUAAUUCAAUAAUCUAAAUUAUCGCCCGCUCCUAUCAUGAUUCAUGUUUUUGCACAGUAURGUCUCUCUUGUGAUGAGCAUAAAUUCACUAUUUAUUUAUUUAUUGUACUAAAAUGAAAGAUUAAGGCAAAUAAUGAGAAUAAAAAGAAAACAAAAAUCCCAAACAUACCAAAGAGCAAAUUAAGAAAUUUCAAAAUACAUUUUAAUGUUGACUACUUAAAUAAUGACUUAACUCCCAGACUGUGUUUUGCMUGAAGGUGAUGUUUUUAACCCUUCAGUCCUUAGUUUUGUUAAAGAAAAGACGUCUGCAUGGUUUUUGUGAUGCAUCGGRCCUCUGGAGUGACAAUUUCAGAUGUUUUUUGAGCGGAGUUUGAUUUUUGUUGAUCCAGAAUUGUUUGUAUAAAUACUGGGGGAAAAAAGAGUGCUUGGAACAUUUUCAGUAUUAUCAGGGCAGUUUUCUAAGCUUUUAGUUCUUCUGAAUGUACAUAGCUGCAGGUGUAAAUAAAUUUCAGGCGAAUUUAAACUUCUGACGUUCCAGAUUCGUACGAUCCCGUUGGGGAAACGGAGAUCGUUGCACAUGAAUGUCACAAUAGCAGAUGCCUUAAUGAUCGCUCCACUGUGACGCCACCGGGAGKGGAGUUAUUUUAUUUCAUUUUAAGUACCUUGGUUAAGGUUGAAGCUUUAAUUUUUAGCUGAAACCAGAAUCUGAUUGGAGUAAAAUCUCUGCUGUGACUCCUAUCAUGUUUAGGAAAUACUUUAUUUUAUGUUACAUUCUUCAAGUUUCUUUUCAUCACUGUUGUUUGGUAGAAAGUUUUCAAAAGCCUCGGUCAUCAUUAAUGCUCAGAUUGUUGCGAUAAAACCAUGAUUUAUUUUUUAAAAAAUAACCGUUAAUCUCAAGUUACAAUCUGUAGGGUUUUUAUUCUGCCACGGUAUGUUUAUUCUACAAGUUCAUUUGUUUUUGUAACUGUUAAGAAUAUAUUUAUUCAGAGUAAUUUACAUUCUCUCUUCGCUCUAGAUUUAGYCCAUAUUUAAAGAGAUUAAAUUUGUACAAAUGUGAUUUAUAUUUAUUUAUUGACUAAAACAGCUAAAAGACAAGUGAAGAAAAUUAAAGUUUGUAGAUUUAAAUUUUAUCAAAAAAAAUUUAAUCUUAAACAUGAAAGUCGUAAAUAUGAAGUACUGAUUGAAAGUUUUAAUCAUUAAAAUCUGAACAGUUGAGAAAAAAGUGCCAAAUAAAUAUAGUAUUUUCUGUUGACAGCUUGUAGAUUUUUUUUUAUUUUCUAGUGAUAAAAUUUGUUUUUGUUGCUUUUAGUCAUUAUACAGUAGUUAGAAGAUGGACAGGAUCCCAUAAAUCAGGUGAAAAAAWAUUCUGACAAAAUUAAGUUAUUUGCUUAGCUUUUGGAGUUGAAGUUUAUUUCACUGGUUGUUUAAUGUUUUAGGGUUUUUGGUUUUUGAUGCCGGCAGCCUCUGGUUUCUGAAUUUUGAGGAAAGUUUUAUAGUUGCAAGUUUGCACUUAAAUGUUGUGAGUUUUGAAUCAUGAAAGCUGCACUGGACAGUAUUAACUAGGCAUACAGGUGUUCAUGACAUCACAGUAUCAUCAGCAUAGUGUUUUGUUCAAUUAAAAACAAAUGGAAAGGGACCGAGUACACAUCCCUGAGKAAACACCCUCUGAUUGCACUGAAGCUUCUGCCUGUGCCUCAAUCCAAUCAAUCAGCGUUGAUUAUCACAAAUGAUUGUUUAAUAAAUAAACCUCAGAUCUGGGUUUUCUUUGAUCAGAUUUAAUCAAAUUAAUGACAACGGGGCUUUUGAAUCUUUUACUAGUAUUUCCAGUUUU